AUGAUCUAUCUACAUCAACGCGGGUUGGGACGGUCCCUUAGCUACUGGAUCACUUUCCGUGCCGGUGAGAAGACCACCGACUAUCAGUUGGCGCAGAGAUCUCUGUCGUUGGCGGAUGUCUUCCCGAGACCUUCUCUUGGUUCUGCAGUCUCUGUUGGAUCAGAGAUCUAUUUCAUUGGUGGAAGAAGCGUUCCGUCCACGCAGCUUUGGAUCCUUGAUACUCGAUCUGGUCAUUUAGGGACGGCUCCAAGCAUGAAAGUGUGUCGGUCGGAUGCCAAAGUAGCAGUGGGAGUGGUCGACAGGAAGAUAUACAUAAUUGGAGGAAGUAAAGAAGAUAGCCAAGUGGAAGAGUUUGAUCCAGAAACGCAAACCUGGGGCUUCGCAGGCGAGGAGAAAUUGAAAUGUGAAUCCUGGUUUAGUGCGACUCUUGAGGAAAAGGUUUAUAUGGUGAACUGGGAUGGGAGAGUCAGCGCUUAUAGUCCGAGGGAAGGUAUAAACAAUGAAGCAACGGAGAUACUAAGUGUAGGUGAUAACGUGAAGUUCUUGUGUGUGGUAGAGAAUGUGCUCUACGCUUGUUUUAAGUGGGGUGGGUUAAUGUGGUUUAACACAAAGCUCAAGGUUUGGAGAAGAGUGGUUGACCCUGAUGGGAAGGAUGGCAAGUUAGAACUGUAUUCAUUUGCUGCUGUUAAAAUGGUGGAAUACGAAGGAACGAUAGCGUUUUUCUGGCCACUACGUAAUAUUGAUCCCAACAAGAAAGAUCUUACGUUACGUGUAAAUUGA